AUGCGAUUUCGUCUACGUGCUCAACUCAUCAAAACAAGAUUCAUCCGCCUCGCUCCCUCCGAAGGCCCGCGCGCCACAUCCGCGCGCAACCCAAAUGCCAUUUCUAGGCAUUUGUAUCACAUUUGGACUCAACGGCAAGACGCCGAUCCACAUCAAAAUACGAUUGAAAUUGCCUCGCGCCAUGUUACUUACGAGACGUUCAUGAGUACUAUCGCCAAAUAA